AUGAUGUCCGUAUUGAAAGCUAUCGAAGCGUUUGAAAAUCUAUACACGAACGAUGACAAAUCAUUUAGCUUCUCUGGUGUGUUAGUUUUGAAUGCUAUUCGUCAGCAAAAUGUUUUGAAUUAUUUCAAAUUACUUGAGCCGAAUGCUUCUCCAGCAACAGCGUCUCAACAAAAUUCACUCGAAAAUCAAUGGAAAAAUGAAGGUGAAAAUAUUGAACAUUUUUCAAUCGAUAGUGUUUUGAGUCAGUUUAUUGCCGAUAGUGCUAAUUCACAGCAAUUCUCUUCACAUCAAUUAUGGUUUCCAUUUCGUGAAGACGUCGAAAUUUUAUACGAUGUUCCAGAAGAUGGAUUAAUCUUUCAGUCGAUAAUCAACAAUAAUAACAAUAACAAUCAAAAUGAUGAUGAUGAUACAAAUUACGUCGACGUAAACGACGAUAUAGAUGCAACACAGGAGGAAAUUCAACAACAACAGCAAUAUGUACCAAAAAAGAAAGCGAAGAGAAACAAAUUAGAAGAGAAACGAUCAGCGCAAUCAAUCGAUGGAGGAAAUGAUACAAUAAAUAAUACAAGCACAUCAAAACAAACAAAUAACCAUAAACCCUUGAAAUUUGCAAAACUAUCAUCAAAAUGGUCAGCUGGAAAACGAGUUUCAGGAGCCGCAGCUGGUACCGCAGGCAUUAAAGCUAAGUUUCGUACAUCAAAUGAUCACCCACAACAACGUCCGGGCUCACGUUUAUAUCAGACAAAACAAAAUUUACAGCGUCUUAGUCAAGAAGAAAAGGAAAACAUUGCACGUGCUGUAGAAGAGCGAAAGUUAGAAGAACGUAAACGUAAAGUAGAAAAAUUACAUGAACAAUCAAAAAAACGUGAAGAAGUUUUACAACGUGGAAAACAAAUUCAGCAAGACAAAGAACAAAAGAAACAGUUGCGAACAUCAUCAGAUAAUUUACAAGCAGCAACUAAUACCGUCACUCAACCAAAAACAGUGAAACAACAAGUUAAAUACGCCCAGCAUAAUAAUUCAACAUUAAAUGGCUCGAUGAAUGAUACAACAACCGGCACCGGCGGUGCUAUUGCUGGUGCUACGUAUACAAAAACACCGUAUAAACUCAAUAAUUCUGGUUUAAAUUUUGAUACCACUUAUCAAGCAGCCGCAGCAUCAAAGAAGAACAAAAAUACAAAAACACCUGCAAAUGUGGCGAAGAAAAUGAUCAAUAAUCCACAACAGUUCAAUCAUCCUCAUGGUAAACAAGAAGAUAGUACAUUUGUCAUUGGAUCAAAGUCACAUGUUUUCAAUGAAACGACUCUUCCAUCAUCAACUACAAUGACACUUGAAAUGGGUGCUGGUGAUCAAAAUGACUGGACAAUCUUACCGACACAUGAGAAUAAUGAUCAAACCCUCACAUUUGAUGAAGGUGAUACGGCUGAUGGAGAUGAUAAUGGAGAUUAUGGUUUAGACGAUGUUAGAAGUGAUCAAGAUUCCGACAAUGAAGAAGAAGAUGAAUCAAGAAUACCUCUCUGGGCGAAAAAACAUUUAUUUCAAAUAUUUUGGAAAACCCAAGGUCAUUGGUAUUUAUCUCAACGUACAUUUAAAUUAUCUCGUAAAACAUUUGGUCAUCAUCCACAUGUUAAAGAUAAUUUACAAGAAUGGUUAAAACAUUUGAAAUCAACCAAACCACUUUCGCAAACAUUAGAUGAUCCAUCUUAUUUAGAUUCAACACAAAAUCAAACCCCGGAAUGA